AUGGGUAUCCGCGAUUCUGGGCACUCGGGACUUUUUAUGGAGACGGAAAGCACUGGAGUUAUCGAUAUCUUUGAUAUCGAGGUUGAGACACUGCUGGAACAAGCCUCCGCAAAAUUGAAGCUUGAAGCUUUCACAAUCCCUCUGCAAGGCGAAGCGAUCACUAUGCUUGCUGCCGGCUACAAGAGCCAGGUUGAACCCCGAGAUACGAAUUCCGAGAUAAAGACCGAGGGCCCAAUCCGAAAGGGCGACAAGUGA